AUGAGAUUGCGACAGCUUCUCAUCCCCUCCCUUGCGGCCACUGCCGUCAUCGCGCAGUCGACGACGGAGAGCAGCAAGCAACUCGAGAAGAAUGCGGCUAUCGAUUCCCUAGUCGACGUCCCACCAGUCGCUAAGAAGUACGGCACUAAAGAUGCGCCUGUCGAUGGCAAGGAUGGGAAGCCGCACGCGGGCCCCUUUGUCGACUUCGAGUCUUCUGCUCCCGAAACCACCAAGGACUUGCCUGUUUUGAAAGACCGCCCAGAAGAUCCUACAAUUGUGGGCGGAAAGAAGAUACCCGAUACUAACGAUGGAGUCAUGGACGACCCCAAUCGACAGGGGCCCAAAGAAGGCACCACAGGUACAAGCGGCGGUGUAAGCGAGAAGACCAAGGAGAGGAUCCUGAAGGAGAAUGAGACUGGCGAGAAGGUCGAAAACAAGCCUCAGGCCCCUAAGGAAGCUCCUCCCCUGCCGCACGCAGAGCAGAAGAAGGUGGACAAAGAAACGCAAGACAAACAUGGUGACAAGGCGGCAGACGAUAUCACGGGCUUCGAGAAGCCAGCAAAUCUCCCUGACAAGACACACGACAAAUCCCCCCCUCUGCCUGACUCGGCGGGAAGAAUCGAUCAUCUAGACGUCCCCAGUGGAGAGAAGACGGGAGCCAGCCUCGGUGACUUGGGCAAGGGCACUGAAGGCGUCAUCACACCUUUCCACUCUUUCUUCCUUUCGUUCACCAUGAUUCUUUUUUCCGAGAUUGGCGACAAGACGUUCCUCGUCGCUGCCUUGAUGGCUAUGAAGCACGACCGCCUAGUUGUGUUUUCCGGCGCUUUUGCUGCCUUGAUCACCAUGACCAUCCUCUCAGCCGUCUUGGGACACGCUGUGCCCACCCUUAUUCCCAAGAAGAUCACCAACUACCUGGCUGCUGCUUUGUUCCUUGUCUUUGGAGCUCGGUUGCUCCGUGAGGGUAUGGCCAUGAGUCCCGAUGAAGGCGUUUCCGCCGAGAUGCAGGAGGUUGAACAGGAGCUUGAGGAGAAGGAACACCUUGCCCGUAAGCAGGGCCGCAGGAGGUCGAGCGUCUCUCCCUACAGUCUGGAAAUGGGUCUUGGUAACCGCAAGUCUCGCUCCAAGUCCCGAUUCCCGACGCCGCCUCGAAGCCCCUCCAGCUCGCCCGAUGCACGAAACGCUUCGCCGCGUGGAAGAAACCUUACGGAAUGCCUCGCCGGUUUCAACAAUCUUGUGUCUCUUCUGCUGAGCCCAGCCUGGGUCCAAACCUUCGUUAUGACCUUUUUGGGCGAGUGGGGUGACCGCAGCCAAAUUGCAACCAUUGCCAUGGCGGCUGGUCAGGACUAUUGGUGGGUCACGCUCGGAGCUGUUGUCGGCCACGGUAUCUGCACGAGUGUUGCCGUCAUCGGUGGAAAGGCUAUUGCAGGCAAGGUCAGCCUGAAAGUCAUCACCGUCGGUGGUGCUGUUGCCUUCCUCGUCUUCGGCGUCAUUUACUUGGUUGAGGGCUUUUAUUCGUAGACCAACAUGGCUUAUGACGUUCCCGCUUCAAAUGCGUCACUUGUCUCUUUCAGCAUCAUCACAUCAAACUUUCGCACCCGUUCCCUAGAGCUAUUGUUUGUAAUUGCUUCAGACGCCGCAUUGGACAUACACGGCAAGGUUUUCAGAGACUCUUCCCCUUUCUUUUUUCUCUUUCCCCUUCAGAAGGGUUUCAUUUGCUCUGCAACGCAGAGUCAUGCUGGGUCAACCGGAUAAGGCCAUAUGAACAAUAACCUACCCCUGUAUGCCUUGCCCGAACGAUGCGGUCGUGGCUGAUUUUUU